GAACAGAGGGUAUAUUGUAAUGCGACACACUACUGCCAAGAUGGCAACACAUGCUGUAGAUCGGUGAGUGGGGAAUGGGCAUGUUGUCCUCUACCAAAUGCGGUUUGUUGUUCAGAUCGUAUUCAUUGUUGCCCGAAUGGCUACACCUGUACAUCAACAUCAUGUCAGAAAGAAUCCCAUGUAACUGAGUUCUUCAAGAAGGAACCCGCGAUUCAGGUGGGUAAUUGGCUGAUUAUAUUGCAGUUGCAUGCCCUUUAUAUUUAUUUGUGUCUUUGUUUACAUUUUCCAUGUUGGGUCGCCGAACGCAUAAACAUCGAUCUUGAAAUAAGCCGUCAAAAUAGACAAUGAUUUAACAAAGUGCCUAUAUGAUACGUUGAUCAUUUUGAGAUUUAAUUAAUGUCGAAAAUAAUUUCAUUUUAAAUUGGCGCAUUCCAAGAAAUAUCUGGCGUUAAAACAUCCUGCAGGUUACCUAGAGAUAACAAAACAGUUGAAAGAUUAGUACUUUUAGCUGUAAUACAACAAUUAAACAGGAUAAUUUAGGAAAUUUACAGCUUCUUUGAAAAGGAAAGCAGUGCAUGUUUUACGCGAGAAAUUAAAGCAAGCAAAAUUCAUAAACAUUAAUUUAAACAUUCAAAGCAAACUUGUGUUGUAUUUCCCGAUUUCCAACAGAAAAUCUUUUAUUCUCAUUUCCUCGAACAAAAAUUGCUUCAAAGCUCAUUGCAUGAAACAAUUUUCCAAAUAUAUGUUUUUGAAAAUUGAUAUUUUGUUUAUACCAUUCCAGGCAAAUAGCCAUAUUUUUGCAACAAAAUUGAUAACCGUUAAAUUAAGCAUACAAAGCAAACUUGGCUGUAUUUGACCAUUUUCCAUCGAAAAUCAAUUCUUCUCGUUCUCUCAAACAAUAAUUGCUUGAAAGCUCAUUGCAUGGAACGAUUUUCGCUUAUCCCACUCCAGGCAAAUAGCCAUAUUUUUGAGAUCAGAGAGGGCCACCCAUAAACCAUAGAUAUAGGAAAUCUAGAUUGCUAACGCAUACCUGGCGCAGGCGGGGCCUAUAUGAUAAAUCCAAGAUGGCGGUACAACAGGGCGAAAAGACUAUAAAUUCUAUUACGAAAAUCAGGAUUUUUGCAUUUUUUGCCGUCGCAUUGUUUUGAAACUUAUUCGGUCAAAUUUUAUGGUAAAGAGAAACUUACCGCGAAGAUUUUGAGCAUAUAUAUGAUUGAAUUGGAUGAAAACUCGCAAAAUUAUCCAUCGAUAAAAGUUCGUGUAUAGUACUGAUAUAGUACUAUAUAUGUAACUUGUACAGUGUCGCUUUAAUUUUUGCUCACUAUUUGCAUAAAAAGCAACUUAUAACAGACCAUAGAUGAUAGACCUUCAUCCAGUGCUCUCACCAGUUUACUUCUCUAACAAGCAAGGAGGGGGGGGGGUACAUAACAGUUCAUUUUUCAUAAUUAUGAGGACAGAACAGAUGAUGAUGAGAGAUGCAAAUAUAAAACAUCAUUCACAAUGCUAGAUGUUAACAUAGCACAGUAUUUCGGGCAACAAAACGCUCCAAAUGACCAACUGACCAUUUCACACGAACUUUUAUCGCUGGAUAAUUUAGCGAUUUUUCAUCCAAUUCAAUCAUAUAUAUGCUCAAAAUCUUCGCGGUAAGUUUCUCUUCACCAUAAAAUUUGACCGAAUAAGUUUCGAAACAAUGCGACGGCAAAAAAUACAAAAAUCCUGAUUUUCGUAAUAGAAUCUAUAGUCUUUUUGCCCUGUUGUACCGCCAUCUUGGAUUUAUCAUGUAGGCCCCGCCUGCGCUAGGUAUGCGUUAGCAAUCUAGAUCUCCUAUGUCUAUGCCAUAAACCAUAAUUACGCGCCCGCGAUUAUUGUAAAUGAACUUUAGACUUCGCUUUCCUUUUCCCGGGUGUAAAUGGCCGGGUGGAAUUAGGUUCUUUGCCCCGGGCUAACGCCCGGAACGGCGCUCCGUGUCGUUGGCUCGGGGAUUAAAGCACAUGCAUUUUUCCGACCCAUGCUACUAACUUACCGACGGAGGGCUUCGCUCGAAAUGUCGAAGUUUUACGUGUAUGUUUCAGGUCGUUGAAUCCCUAUGCAUCUCAAUUUUCUGAUUUAUUUAAUGGCAUUGUUUCCAUACGUCUGUAUCGUUUGCGCUUGGAUUGAUGCAUUUUGAAUGCUUUAGUUAGACAUGCUUACGCCUUCGAGAAAGGGUAAUAUUUAACCGAAUCCCCACACUCUGGGUCUACAAAUGUUCAAUACUAUAAAUUAUUGUUAUUCAGCCAAAGCUUCCAAAUUGUAAUGCAAACUUAUAAAUCACUAGCAAAAGCUAUCUGAUGUGAUUAUUCAAUGACGUCUUGCAUUAUUUCAGGCACAGAGGGUAUAUUGUAAUGCGACACACUAUUGCCCAGAUGGCAACACAUGCUGUAGAUCGGUGAGUGGGGAAUGGGCAUGUUGUCCUCUACCAAUUGCGGUUUGUUGUUCAGAUCGUAUUCAUUGUUGCCCGAAUGGCUACACCUGUACAUCAACAUCAUGUCAGAAAGGAUCCCAUGUAACUGAGUUCUUCAAGAAGGAACCCGCGAUUCAGGUGGGUAAUUGGCUGAUUAUAUUGCAGUUGCAUGCCCUUUAUAUUUAUUUGUGUCUUUGUUUACAUUUUCCAUGUUGGGUCGCCGAACGCAUAAACAUCGAUCUUGAAAUAAGCCGUCAAAAUAGACAAUGAUUUAACAAAGUGCCUAUAUGAUACGUUGAUCAUUUUGAGAUUUAAUUAAUGUCGAAAAUAAUUUCAUUUUAAAUUGGCGCAUUCCAAGAAAUAUCUGGCGUUAAAACAUCCUGCAGGUUACCUAGAGAUAACAAAACAGUUGAAAGAUUAGUACUUUUAGCUGUAAUACAACAAUUAAACAGGAUAAUUUAGGAAAUUUACAGCUUCUUUGAAAAGGAAAGCAGUGCAUGUUUUACGCGAGAAAUUAAAGUAAGUAAAAUUCAUAAACAUUAAUUUAAACAUUCAAAGCAAACUUGUGUUGUAUUUCACGAUUUCCAACAGGAAAUCUUUUAUUCUCAUUUGCUCAAACAAAAAUUGCUUCAAAGCUCAUUGCAUGAAACAAUUUUCCAAAUAUAUGUUUUUGAAAAUUGAAAUUUUGUUUAUACCAUUCCAGGCAAAUAGCCAUAUUUUUGCAACAAAAUUGAUAACCGUUAAAUUAAGCAUACAAAGCAAACUUGGCUGUAUUUCACCAUUUUUCAUCGAAAAUCAAUUCUUCUCGUUCUCUCAAACAAAAAUUGCUUGAAAGCUCAUUGCAUGGAACGAUUUUCGCUUAUCCCACUCCAGGCAAAUAGCCAUAUUUUUGAGAUCAGAGAUGGCCACCCAUAAACCGUAAUUACGCGCCCGUGAUUAUUGUCAAUGAACAUUGUAUUUGUAUUUUGUAUUUAAAAAAGAACCUCUGUUAGCUAACGCUAGUUUACACGAGGUCUUAAAAUAGGAUUACCCUACAAGAUAAAAAGUCUAUAAAUCUAGUUAUUCGUAAAAAUUAUUAAAAUACGUUAAAAGUUCAAAUAGUUAAUAAUAAUUAUAUGAACCAGUCUAGCUGUUUAAGAACAGCAGACUUAAACAUGGAUUUGGAAGAUAUGAUUUUUAUAGUAUAGUCUAAAUUGUUCCAUAGACGGAUAGCUCUGGUCCUAAAAGCCCGAGCUAAAAAGGUUUUCUUCUUUAACAUAGGUUUCUCUAACAACAUAUUAUCACUUCGACACCUCGACGAAAAUCUAGUAUUGUGUUCAUGAGUAAUUUCAAAUGGUUUAAAAUUCACGUAAAUUGCAUUUGGUUCACCAGAAUAAAGUACAUUAUGCAAUGCCAUUAAGGUUCUGACAUGAAUCCUUUGUCUCACUGUUAACCAACCUAUUUCAUCAUGGAGGCAAGGAUUUCAAGGAGGCAAGGAUUUCAAGAUGGCGGACAGUCGCGCUGAAAGUGCUCUCUCUGGCUUUUUCGCUUUGCUGCUUUUGUCUUUGUUUUUGCAGCAAGUUAUACAUAGCAGACCAUACAAGGAUGAUCGGAGUCAUGUUCUCAUGGGUUUGGGAUAUGAUUUCGAGUUUAUUGGUGGGCAAAGUGGUGUUUGUUAUCAUAACUUUGUGUGUAUUUGGAGUUGGCGGGUAAAGUCGAAGGUCACAGUUAACGAUUGCAACCAUCUUUGUGGCUGUUCAAUCUCGUAUUAUCCUAACUCAACAGCAAAAUUUCGUCCUGUGCUUUUGUUGAAAUACGAUAUCGAAAUCAAUCCUGGACCUGGCACACAAAAUUCAACGAAUAUCUUGCAACACAAGCUGAAAGUUCUCUCCCUCAAUUCUCGAAGCAUAGUAAACAAAGCAAAUCAUUUAACUGCCCUGGAAAGUGUCAAUGAACAUGAUUUGAUUGCUAUUGUUGAGACAUGGCUUAAUCCUACAAUUAACGACGCUGAAAUAUUAUCUCCAAGUGACUUCUGUAUUCAUCGUCGAGAUAGGACUGACAGACGGGGUGGUGGUGUUAUGUUGGCAGUCCGGAAGCCAUUGUAUUCGACACGAAGAACUGAUCUAGAGACUGAUGCUGAAAUCCUGGCUUGCGAGGUGAGACCGACUCAAAAGAAAAAAAUCUUAGUACUUGUUUUCUAUCGCCCGCCUUCAACAAAUCAUGUCUAUAUGAAUGCGUUCAACAAGUGUUUAAAAAAUGCAAGAGUGGCCCGUUUUGCUCAAAUUGUUGUACUGGGUGAUUUUAAUUUGCCAGAUAUGAAUUGGAAUACAAAUUCAAGUACUAAUAAUGGAACUGGUCAACUUUAUGACAACUUUACUAAAGCUAUUCGGGAUAAUUUCCUAUGGCAAUUGGUCGACCAACCAACUAGGAAGGAACAUAUUUUAGAUCUUGUUCUCACAAAUAUACCCCACAAGAUAAGUAACUUAGAAAUAUUCGACGACACCAUAAGUACAGACCAUAAAUUGAUUGAGUCUUAUUUGGACUUUAAUAUCCCUAAACGGAAUAAGAUUAGCAAAAGUGUUUUUAAUUUCAAAAAAGCAAAAUGGAAUGAACUUAAAAUUGCGUUAACAUCUGCCUCUUGGGAUCAAGUGUUUGUUUACGACUGUGUCAAUGCUACCUUGUCAAGUUGGACAAAAAUGUUUAUGGAAAUUGUGGAAAAGUAUGUUCCUAAAAUUGAAAUUAGGAACUCAAAUAGCACUCCAUGGAUUGACCAGGAUGUAAUUCGUCUUCUUCGAAAGAAGGACAAACAAAGGCGUGUCGCAAACAAAAGCUUUGACAACGAGGAUGUAAAUAAGUAUAAGCAAUUGCGUAAAGAAGCCAAACAACUUAUCGAAGCUAAGUAUACUGAAUAUUUAAACAACAUGCGUAUGUCUAUAAAAGAGAACCCCAAACGAUUCUGGUCGUUUGUAAGAGCUAAAUCUGCGAAGCCUGGUAUACCGGAGUUUGUCAACUUUUCCAACGUGUUUGCUUCGACCCCUGUCGAUAAAGCUAAUUUGUUUAACGUUUAUUUUCAGUCUGUUUUUACAGCGACUGAUAAUGUAUGCAGUAAUAAUGACUAUGCAAAUUUAGACUCCCACACAUCAUUAACAAACAUCACGCUAUCUGAAAACGAAGUGCUUAACUGCCUACAGAAUAUUAAUGUCUCGAAGGCAAGUGGUCCGGAUGGUAUACCAGGAAGACUUUUAAAAGCUAUUGCAACCGAGAUAACACCAUCCCUGACUAAAGUUUUUAACUUAUCGUUGUGUUCUGGAAAAGUGCCUUCAGCAUGGAAAACAGCUCUUAUAACUCCAAUUCUAAAAGAGGGUAAUCCCCAUGUAGUGACAAAUUAUAGACCCAUUUCCCUCUUAUCGAUUUUGUCGAAAGUCUUGGAGAGAUGUAUAUACAAUCAUUGUUACGAGUUUAUACAACAUAAACUAACCUUCUAUCAACAUGGUUUCGUUCAAGGCAGAAAUUGUGUUACCCAGCUCGUCCGAUUUUAUCAUAAAAUCCUUGAGGCUUUAGAUAAUGGGCAUGAGGUUGAUACAAUUUACUUAGAUUUUUCGAAGGCCUUUGAUCGAAUCUCACAUCGUCCACUUCUUGACAAAUUGAAACGUCAUGGCUUUGGAGGGACACUUCAUGACUGGUUUGCGGACUAUAUUACUGCAAGAUCCCAAAAAGUUGUAAUAGACGGUGCCUGCUCAGAUCUACUAAGUGUUACAUCAGGGGUACCCCAAGGGUCUAUUCUGGGGCCUCUAUUGUUUGUACUCUAUAUUAACGAUCUUCCGGAGUGCAUACAUAAGCCAACAGAUAUUGCGCUAUUUGCAGAUGAUUCAAAGGUGUCUCAGAUAAUUGGGAGUUCCAAUGACGAUAUUAACCUCCAAUGCAACUUAAAUCGAUUACAUUCCUGGAGCAUUGAAUGGUACAUGGAUUUCAAUGUUACAAAAUGUAAAACAAUGCGAAUUACGAGAAAGAAAACUCCCAGGUUGGAAACUGAUUAUACCAUUGAUAACAACUGGCUAGAAAGAGUAACCUACAUCCGAGAUCUUGGAAUCAACGUCACCAGUGAUCUAAAGUGGGCUACUCAUAUUUCCGAAAUAACUUCAAAGGCAAAUAGGACACUUGGACUAGUGAAGAGAACAUGUGUGGAUCUAAAGGACUUAAAGACCAGAAGGUUACUUUACUGUACAUUAGUUCGCCCACUAUUAGAGUAUGGAAGUGAAUUAUGGUCUCCCUAUGAAAAAAAAUACAUUGCACUAAUUGAAAAUGUCCAACGUAGAGCCACCAAAUUUAUACUAAACUAUCCAAAGGACACUGAUUACAAAAGUAGAAUGAUUAUGCUCGAUCUCCUUCCACUUGAGUCUCGUCGGCAAAUGAAGGACUUAAUAUUUCUCUUUAAACUCAAGAAUGGGUUAUAUAGUCUUGACUUUGAGGAAUAUGCCGAGAAUGUUCAGAUGAAGCCUCAAUCUGGUUAUAAUUUAAGAAAUUCUCAUCAAGAUAAUUUUUCUGAAUUUAGGUAUAGAACAAACUAUUUUGGUUAUUCAUAUUUUCCUAGAGCUAUACGCUCAUGGAACAGUCUACCUCCUACUUUAAAAACUAUUGCAAGAAUAAGUACUUUUAAAACUGCAGUAAAGGAACUCUACUCUUUGAGAUUGGUAGAUAGUAGUGACUUUUAACUUAGCUGAAAUUAUAUAGUAUUGACAAUGUAGUGUUGUAUUUAAUUAAUGGCAUGUUAUGUAUGUAUGUAUAGUUAAAUGGUAGCUGUAAUCAAUUGGGACUAUGUCCUGUGCGGCCACCUUUUGCCAAUGUAAAUAUUUUAUUUUUUGCAAAAAAGUGAUUAAAAAAAAGAUUUUCCCUAGAUAUUUCAUCAACCUUAUACCCUAGGAUCAAUCUGGCGGCCUUGUUCUGAAGUUUUUGUAAAUUAUUAAUCGACUCUUGAUUUUGCGCAGAUCCCCAAACCGUACAACAAUAGUUCAAUUUUGACAGUAUGAGUGCCUCAGCGAUAAUCUUUAAAACUUUUGAUGGAAUAUAUCUGCUGAACUUGAACAGUAAGCCAAGAGCUUUGGAACAAUCUUUAAGUAGAUCUUCACAAUGCUGCUUCCAACUUAAGUUCUCGUCAACCUGGACGCCAAGGAGUUUUACACAUGGAAGUUGUUCAAUGAUUUUAUCUUUAAUGGAUAAGUUAAGCGAUGGAGCUGAUUUAAUCUUCUGCCGACUUCCAAUAAGGACACUAUUUGUUUUAUCAGCAUUAAGAACAAGACGAUUCUUCGAGACCCAUAAUUCAACUUUAGAUAAGUCAAGUUGAAGUUUAUCUGAUAUGAGUCUGGCGUUAUGUCCAGAUUGGAACGGAGUGCUAUCAUCGGCGUACAAGGUGAUAUCAGCUGUAGUUAAGACUGUUGGUAAAUCAUUAACAAACAAACUGAAGAGCAGUGGGCCAAGACAACUACCCUGUGGCACCCCACAAGUCAUCUCGAUCGGAUUAGAAAAAGCACCAUUGAUAUAUACGGUUGAGGUUCUCCCACUUAAAUACGACUUGAUCCAGUUAAUUGCAUUAUCUGAAAAGUUAUAACAUUUCAAUUUCAGAAGCAGCAAAUUAUGAUCAAUCAGGUCGAAAGCAACUGAAAAGUCCAACAAAGCAGCACCAGUAAGCAUACCAUUCUCCAUGUUGUCAAGGCAACUGUCAGUCAGAUGUAAAAGUGCUGAUUCAGUGCUAUGAUUGAUUCUAUAUGCAUGUUGAUUCUUGGGCAUUAAGUUAUGUUCGGAGACAUAGUGACAGAUUUGUUUAUGCGCAAAUUUUUCGUGCAGUUUACUUAAUACAUUUAGAAGACUGAUGGGUCGACUAUUUAUAUCUUCAAAAGGCUGUUUCUUAUCUUUGGGAAUCGGGUGUAGUUUAGCUACUUUCCAUUGAUCAGGAAAUAUUGACUUCGUAUAUGAACAGUUAAAAAUGUAUCUAAUAGGUUCCGCUAUGAUAUUCGACGCAAUUCUAAGUAAAAAAUUAUCAAUGCCGUCUACGCCUGUUACUUUAGUAUCUGGAAGCUUAGCAAGGCAGCUGUGAACUUCUAAAAGACUUAAAGAUGUGAACUCAAACCGACAGUUUUUUCCAGUCAUUAUUUCGGUAAUUGAUUUAGUUAUAUACUCCGUAUCUAUCGGGUUGGACAUCUCAAAUCUAUAUUUCUUUAUUUUUUCAUUAAAGAACUUUGCGAAAUGAUUGGCAAUAUCUUUAGGUUUUGUGUAAAUUUCACCAUUACUCUCUGCAUAAGUUGGUAUUGGACAAUUUGAGCGUCCUAACAGAUUGUUUAUUGUUUUCCACAUUGACUUUGGAUCUUUUUUGGUAUUAUUAAUAGCUUCAAGAAAAUAUGCUCUUUUGCUUUGAGAAAAUAGCUUCAAGAAAAUAUGCUCUUUUGCUCUUUUGCUUUAGACUUCGCUUUCCCUUUCCCGGGUGUAAAUGGCCGGGUGGAAUUAGGUUCUUCGCCCCGGGCUAACGCCUGGAACGGCGCUCCGUGUCGUUGGCUCGGGGAUUAAUUAAAGCACAUGCAUUUUUCCGACCCAUGCUACUAACUUACCGACGGAGGGCUUCGCUCGAAAUGUCGAAGUUUUACGUGUAUGUUUCAGGUCGUUGAAUCCCUAUGCAUCUCAAUUUUCUGAUUUAGUUAAUAGCAUUGUUUUCAUACGUCUGUAUCGUUUGCGCUUGGAUUGAUGCAUUUUGAAUGCUUUAGUUAGACAUGCUUACGCCUUCGAGAAAGGGUAAUAUUUAACCGAAUCCCCACACUCUGGGUCUAUAAAUGUUCAAUACUAUAAAUUAUUGUUAUUCAGCCAAAGCUUCCAAAUUGUAAUGCAAACUUAUAAAUCACUAGCAAAAGCUAUCUGAUGUGAUUAUUCAAUGACUUCUUGCAUUAUUUUAGGCACAGAGGGUAUAUUGUAAUGCGACACACUACUGCCCAGAUGGCAACACAUGCUGUAUAUCGGUGAGUGGGGAAUGGGCAUGUUGUCCUCUACCAAUUGCGGUUUGUUGUUCAGAUCGUAUUCAUUGUUGCCCGAAUGGCUACACCUGUACAUCAACAUCAUGUCAAAAAGGAUCCCAUGUAACUGAGUUCUUCAAGAAGGAACCCACGAUUCAGGUGCGUAAUUGGCUGAUUAUAUUAUUGCAGUUGCAUGCCCUUUAUAUUUAUUUGUGUCUUUGUUUACAUUUUCCAUGUUGGGUCGCCGAACGCAUAAACAUCGAUCUUGAAAUAAGAUGUCAAAAUAGACGAUGAUUUAACAAAGUGCCUAUAUGAUACGCUGAUCAUUUUGAGAUUUAAUGUCGAAAAUAAUUUAAUUUUAAAUUGGUGCAUUGAGAGAAAUAUCUGGCCUUAAAACAUCCUGCAGGUUACCUAGAGAUAACAAAACAGUUCAAAGAUUAGUACUUUUAGCUGUAAUACAACAAUUAAACAGGAUAAUUUAGGAAAUUUACAGCUUCUUUGAAAAGGAAAGCAAUGCAUGUUUUACCCGAGAAAUUAAAGUAAGUAAAAUUCAUAAACAUUAAUUUAAACAUUCAAAGCAAACUUGUGUUGUAUUUCACGAUUUCCAACAGGAAAUCUUUUAUUCUCAUUUGCUCAAACAAAAAUUGCUUCAAAGCUCAUUGCAUGAAACAAUUUUCCAAAUAUAUGUUUUUGAAAAUUGAAAUUUUGUUUAUACCAUUCCAGGCAAAUAGCCAUAUUUUUGCAACAAAAUUGAUAACCGUUAAAUUAAGCAUACAAAGCAAACUUGGCUGUAUUUCACCAUUUUCCAUCGAAAAUCAAUUCUUCUCGUUCUCUCAAACAAAAAUUGCUUGAAAGCUCAUUGCAUGGAACGAUUUUCGCUUAUCCCACUCCAGGCAAAUAGCCAUAUUUUUGAGAUCAGAGAGGGCCACCCAUAAACCAUAAUUACGCGCCCGCGAUUAUUGUAAAUGAACUUUAGACUUCGCUUUCCUUUUCCCGGGUGUAAAUGGCCGGGUGGAAUUAGGUUCUUCUCCCCGGGCUAACGCCCGGAACGGCGCUCCGUGUCGUUAGCUCGGGGAUUAAAGCACAUGCAUUUUUCCGACCCAUGCUACUAACUUACCGACGGAGGGCUUCGCUCGAAAUGUCGAAGUUUUACGUGUAUGUUUCAGGUCGUUGAAUCCCUAUGCAUCUCAAUUUUCUGAGUUAUUUAAUAGCAUUGUUUUCAUACGUCUGUAUCGUUUGCGCUCGGAUUGAUGCAUUUUGAAUGCUUUAGUUAGACAUGCUUACGCCUUCGAGAAAGGGUAAUAUUUAACCGAAUCCCCACACUCUGGGUCUAUAAAUGUUCAAUACUAUAAAUUAUUGUUAUUCAGCCAAAGCUUCCAAAUUGUAAUGCAAACUUAUAAAUCACUAGCAAAAGCUAUCUGAUAUGAUUAUUCAAUGACUUCUUGCAUUAUUUUAGGAACAGAGGGUAUAUUGUAAUGCGACACACUACUGCCAAGAUGGCAACACAUGUUGUAGAUCGGUGAGUGGGGAAUGGGCAUGUUGUCCUCUACCAAAUGCGGUUUGUUGUUCAGAUCGUAUUCAUUGUUGCCCGAAUGGCUACACCUGUACAUCAACAUCAUGUCAGAAAAGAUCCCAUGUAACUGAGUUCUUCAAGGAGGAACCCGCCAUACAGGUGUGUAAUUGCCUGAUUAUAUUAUUGCAGUUGCAUGCCCUUUAAUUUAUACUUAUUUGUGUCUUUGUUUACAUUUUCCAUGUUGGGUCGCCGAACGCAUAAACAUCGAUCUUCAAAUAAGACGUCAAAAUAGACGAUGAUUUAAUAAAGUGCCUAUUGGAUACGUUGAUCAUUUUGAGAUUUUAUGUCGAAAAUAAUUUCAUUUUAAAUUGGUGCAAUCCAAGAAAUGUCUGGCGUUAAAACAUCCUGCAGGUUACCUAGAGAUAACAAAACAGUUGAGAGAUUAGUACUUUUAGCUGAUAAACAUAUACGCCGGCCCCCAGAACAGGGCACAGAUAAUUGGAAACAGUUUAAAGUCUUCAAAUCACACGAAGAACGCUAAUAAUUGAACACUGUUUUGAGCGUCGUUCUUUGCUUAUAUACACCUGAUCGCUGAAAAGUUUGUGUCAAUUGCUGAAAAGAAUUUAGAGUUAUUCAAGUUCUAGCAGUUUUUUGACCAAUUUAGUACUUUUUCGACCGACUUCUGGCAGAGGUUUGACUUUGUGCUUUUUUCGCCUGCGCGUCUUCCACACAGCGGUUCAUACGGUAAGAGUCAUGUAAAGCACCAUGUAAAGCUCAUUGAAACCCCUGCGGAGGAGCGAGACCAGCGUGUAAAGAAAUGAAAGGGUUGAAAUUUGUUUAGUUGGACCAAAUCGUCGGGCUGGCUACUCCACUGGCGGGGUCAGGAAAUGAGCUUUUAUACUAGUGAAUAUAAAAGCGAUCAUGUGACAAAAACUAAACCAGUCAGGUGGAUUUAGUCGGCAAACAAAGUUUAACAAAAAAAUAUUAAUUGGAUUACAGAAUAUAUUAAUGGUGACUUACGUUUAAUUAGCGUUAAAACUACUAAAUAUAUCAUGAAAAAUUGUAUAAUCCUAUUAGCACUAACCAAUCGAAAAGACAGUUUCAAAUUUCUUUGUCUGAUAGACCAAUCAGGUGAAAUGCCGUGUUUUGACUUUUUUACAUGCCGCCAUACAGGGAUUUGUGUUAGGCACUUCGAAAGGGAAAUAUGGUCUGAUACUUAGGCUUAAAUUCAGUAAAAAUAAAAUUUCUCCACCAACAUAAGCAACGCUUCCAAUUUCGUCAGCACAAACAUAACAAAAGCUUUAAAACUGUUAAAAUUGCAAACCAUGCUUAAUAUUUGAGACUGGUCAACCUUAAAUACUAAUAAUUACCACAAAUAAUUUUGACAAUCCCCCUUUUCAUGCUGAAAACACUUUAAAGCCCUCCCCCUCUUACCAUAAAUUGUUUUGGCAACCCCCCUAAUUUUCCUCCAGCCCCCCCCCUGGUUCUUAAUUAAUGAACGGUCCCUAAAAACACAGCAGGCACAAACAACAGUACAACACGAAGUUACAAUAGGAAGUUACGAACUAGAAUUGGGCGAUACUUAAAAAUCAUAUCGUGAUUAUCGGCUGGAAAUUAUCACGAUAUUCGAUACUUAAGCAAAUUUUUGAACGAGCAACUGAACAAAUGAGAAACUAGUUGGUUAAUAGUUAAUUAGUAGAAAUUAGUUGGUUAGUCAUGGAGAGCAAAUGUAAUUUUAUUGCUUUUUUCGUUUAUUGCGUAUUUCCCUUUGAUAUUUACUAAUGCAGCAAAUUUGAAUUUACUGUUCAAUUUUAGGCAAAACAAACAUUGAAGAACAAAUAA